UCACGCGCACUAUAUCGCGUUCUCGCUCGAUAUGGCCGCUAUCGCGAAUACAUUCGCCAUGGACCCUUUCACACAGGAGGCGCUGAUGCGGCUCCAGCCGAAGCGUUACGUCGGGCUUGUCGUGUGGUCCGGUAUGCAGCCCGAGUAUGCUGAGGGAGCUCAGGAGGGUGAUCCGCCUUUGCGCCAUCUUGAGGUGCUCGCACCACUGUUUGUGGCUAGUGGUCCCCCUCCAAUCCCGGAGGCGAAGGAUAUGUACCUGCCUAUCGAUCCGUCGCCCCCUAGCCGGACGCAAGAGAAGCCUCAGAGUCACUCUGUGGUUGUGACCGACGAGGACUCCGCCAUGACUGUGGACGGCGUCUUCGAUAUGGAGGACGAAUUCCCCGAGCAAGACGUUCAAGAAAGCGACCAAGGACAGGCAUCGGACUGCCAUGACGCUAUGAUGGACGAGGACGACGGCCAGUCGGCGCACAAUCCCGAGGAGAGUUCCCAAGCCCUGGACGAGUUCGGACCUCUGUCCGCCAUCCGGCACCCUAGCCUCCUUCCGCUGAGAGGACGCGUACAAUGGCUGACUUUCGGCACUCGCCUGCACAUCACGACGUUCCACGAGUCCUCGCUUUCGUUCUACGUCGACGACGACGAGGAUCAGCCGCCGUACGAGUGGCGCAGAUUCGAGGCUCUCGUCACCGACAACCUAGCCGCCCUCUUCGACAGGUCCUCUUCACCGCCGGACGCCGAUGGUACUUCUGCUGGUUCUGGCGACGAGUCGGACGCGCUCGUUCAGAAGCUUCGCGUGCCGGACAUUUCGCUGCCUGCUAUCGUUUGGCGCGACAUUCGGGGCGAACACGAGGACGACCCUACAGAGUUCGUGCGGGAGCUUGAUAGGAUACAUGACAUCCUGGGCGAAUUGCGCCAGCCUUAAGCGAGAAGGUUCAGGCGAGCGUCCAGUUCGUGAACUGCGUCUGGAGGCCGGUACGAUACGAACGCGUCUAUGGAGCAAUCCGCGCCCAGGUUGUGUUCUGUUCGCGUUAAGGUUCGGCGAGCGUGAUGUCCGCAUGCUCGUAAUGCUGUUGAGCUCAUAAGUACGGAUAUGUGAGUAGAAGAGAAGAAUUAGUCCAAGGCGCUCAUAGCCGCUGGUGUAUUGGUAGAGAUCA